CGGGCGCGGAGCCGGUGGCGGAGCCGCGGGACGGUGCGGGGGCCUCGCCGCCCUCGGGGCGAACCGGGCAUGAAGCGACGGCUGCCGGCUGCAGACACCGGGCUGGGCACUGAGGUGCGCCGCCUGCCUUACUAAGGCAGCGACGAGCCCCGGGGCGAACUGAGGCGGCGCGGCGGCCGAGUCCGAGGCGAACCCCGCGGCUUUUUGCGAGCGCGACUGAGGCGGCAGCGCGGCUUCUGCCAGCAGCCUCCCCUGGGCUGGCGAGGGGCUGCGCGGGGAGGGGGCCGCGGCGCCGCCCUCGCCUCCUCCCCUCCCCUCGCCCGGCCUGAGCUCCCCCGCGGCGGCGGGCGGGCGGUAUGAGCGCGGCGCUCUGAGGGACCGGCGGAGCCCCGAGGGACCGGCUUUCCCCGAGCAGCCUCCCUUGGGAGUCGCGGCGGCGGAUCGGACGCGGCUGGGACCUGCCAUGACUCCCCUGGCUCCUCCCAUGGCAUGAGCCCGAGCUCUCCUCCCCGCUCCGCCUGAUUUUGGUCUCUCUCUGCUCCCGGGCUGUCAGAUGGGAUAGGACACACCCGGGCGUGCGGGGCUCGACGCUGCCGCGGGGGAGCGGCGGGGGCAACCGGUGACGGCCGUCGGCUCGCCUGGAGUCGAAGAUGAGCUGGCGGUGGGUUCGCCAGCACUGGAACGGCGGCUCCUCCGUGCUGCUGCUGCUGCCGCUGCUGCUGUGGCACGGCCGGGUCCGGCCGGCCGGCGCCGACAACGCCAGCCAGGCGUACUACACCGCGCUCAUCAACGUGACGGUGCUGAGCCCCGAGCGCGGCGGCCCCACGCUGCUGCGGAUCGACCGGGGACGCUACGGGCAGGACUCCCCGAAGGUGGAGGUCAAGGGGCUGCUGGUGGCCCCCGUCCCCAUCAACGGAGUUGCAGAUCGUCUGGGCUGUGACCCUCGAACACGUUUCCAGGUCCCACCAAACACCAAGCAGUGGAUUGCUUUAUUACAGAGAGGAAACUGUACAUUUAAAGAAAAAAUAUUACGAGCAGCUUCACAUAAUGCCACAGCUGUGGUCAUUUACAACAAUAUAUCCAGUGAAGAACCUGUCACAAUGACUCAUCAAGGAACUGGAGACAUUGUUGCUGUCAUGAUUACAGAAUCAAAGGUUAAGGAGAUCCUGAAUUACUUGGAAAAGAAUAUUUCUGUCCUGAUGGCCAUAGCAGUGGGGUCCCGUGUUCCUCCGAAGAACUUCAGUCGGGGCUCUCUAGUCUUUGUGUCAAUAUCAUUCAUUGUUUUGAUGAUCAUUUCUUCAGCGUGGUUAAUAUUUUACUUCAUCCAGAAGAUCAGGUACACAAGUGCACGUGACAGAAAUCAGCGCCGUCUUGGAGAUGCUGCCAAGAAAGCCAUUGGUAAAUUGACAACCAGGACAGUAAAGAAAGGUGAUAAGGAAACAGACCCAGACUUUGAUCAUUGUGCUGUCUGCAUUGAGAGUUACAAGCAGAACGAUGUUGUUCGCAUUUUGCCAUGCAAGCACGUGUUCCACAAAGUCUGUGUGGAUCCAUGGCUCAGUGAGCACUGUACAUGUCCAAUGUGUAAACUGAACAUUUUGAAGGCACUGGGAAUUGUGCCCAACGUGCCGUGCACAGAUAACGUAGCCUUUGACAUGGAGAGGCUGACGCGGGGGCAGCCGGCGAGCAGGCGCUCGGCGCUCGGAGACUUCGGCACCGACAGCUCCCUCAGCCUGGAGCCCCUGCGCACCUCGGGCAUGUCACAGCUGCCACAGGAUGGGGAGCUGACACCAAGGUCAGGAGAGAUCAACAUUGCCGUGACAAAAGAAUGGUUUAUUAUUGCCAGUUUUGGCCUCCUCAGUGCCCUUACACUCUGCUACAUGAUCAUCAAAGCCACAGCUAGCUUGAAUGCUAAUGAAGCAGAAUGCUAUUGAAGAAACGCUUUCCGGCCGAUUGCCUUGGAGAGAGACACCUAUUUUUAUGCAUCAUUUAUCGAUCAUGCAGCACAAGCAAUUAUUUAGUACAUUCUAUUUUUUCAUAAAAUUUGCUGAUGCCAAAGCUUUGUAUUAAAGAAAAAGUGAAGAAAUAAAAAAAACUUUAAUUAUGAAAUGUU